AUGAAAAUGGAGGACAGAAACGAGUUGAGUAUAGCUUUGGCCCCCUCUGUCUUCGAUGCUGUUCCAUCGCAAGCGUACUGGGACGUCUCCGUCCUGGAUACAGGACACCUCCACAUUCCACUCUUCGUGUUCGUCGACCCUCUCCCAUCACCAACUCCCACUGACCCACACCCAAACCUGAAACCUCUCGUCCCAGCCCUCUCAUUCCUCCUCCGUCGCUCUCAAUCUACAGACCGUACCCCAAUCAUCUUCGAUCUAUCCAUUCCUCCUCCCGCCGUCAAUCUCGACCUAGCGCGUGAGGAUGCCAACAGUCCCCUUGCACCUCCCGCUCUCGACCGCAUCGAGCAGCUCUUCGCCCCUAUUCACCUGCCUACCACCAUUCCCGAACUCCUGCUCAAACACAACGUCGAAGAAAAAGACAUUGAAUACGUCAUCCUGUCUCAUCUUCACUGGGACCACAUCGGUGAUCCGACGUGGUUCAAGGACGCCAAAUACAUCGUCGGCAACGGCAGCAAAGCGCUAGUCGAGAAAGGCUACCCUCACGAUCUUCACUCCGCCAUCAAAUCCGGUAUACUCCCCACUGAUAGAACUACCGAACUUCCAAGCACAAGCGCAGAGGGAUGGGCUCCUCUAGGACCCUUCCCGCACGCCUAUGACCCCUUCUCGGACGGUUCCCUCUAUAUAAUCGACUCGCCUGGUCAUCUCCCUGGGCACAUCAAUGCACUCGUUCGUAUUGCUCCUACACCUACUGCACCCAAUAACUGGGUGUAUCUUGCGGGCGAUUCGGCACAUCAUCGUCGGAUCUUACUGGGCGAGGCGAAUAUUGCGGUUGUGAGGAAUGAGAAGGGAGAGGUGUUGGGAUGUGCGCAUGUGGACAAGGAGAAGGCGGAGGAGCAUUUGCGCAGGAUCAGGGAGUUGAUGGGGAUGGAUGGCGUGGAUGGCGUAGGUGUGAAAAUCGUGUUGGCGCACGAUGGGGAGUGGUAUGAGGAGAAUAAGGAAAGGGGCAUGUUUUGGCCCGGGAAGUUCUGACUGGUCUUAGGGAUCUGGAAGUAAAUG